CAGGGAGGAGGAGGAGGAGGAGGAAGUGUUUCUGGUUCUGUGGGAAUGUGAGCUUUCUCCCACUCUGUAAACAGCUGGUGACUCAUUGCAUAGCUAUGGCACCAAAGGGAUGCAUGGCCUAAGGCAUGCUGUGUGUGUAUGUGUACAUACACAGGGAAGGGAACUGAGCUUGUUUUGUUCCCGUCACAUCCCCGCUCUGCUUCCUUGACUUGACUUUCUCACCGAAAAACGUUUGGUGGGGGAGAGAGAGACCCUGCGGAUGCGCAACCUGCCUUCCACACGGGAGGUGCCUGGGGCAGCAGCAAGGAGGCUUCCAUGGUGCACGGCAAAGUCCAAACAUGAGGGCGGGAGAGGAGAGCUGCACAGGAAUGAGCAAGGGCUUGGGAAGGGCUCUGCAAAUCCAAGUUGCAAUUUCUGAGCAGUUCUGUCCAGGUGACCGUACCCAGGUUAUGACGACUAAUCCAAAACCAAACAAAACAUUAAAGGUCAAGGAGGAGUCGGGAGAGAACGCCCCGGUGCUCAGUGACGAUGAACUCGUGUCGAUGUCUGUGCGGGAGCUGAACCAGCACUUGAGAGGUCUCACAAAAGAGGAGGUCAUCCGCCUGAAGCAGCGGCGGCGCACACUUAAGAACCGGGGCUACGCCGCCAGCUGCCGCAUCAAGCGUGUGACGCAGAAGGAGGAGCUGGAGAGGCAGCGGGUGGAGCUGCAGCAGGAGGUGGAGAAGCUCGCCCGGGAAAACAGCAGCAUGAAGUUGGAGCUGGACGCCCUGCGCUCCAAGUACGAGGCGCUGCAGACCUUUGCCCGCACUGUCGCCCGGGGGCCCAUCACUCCGACCAAAGUUGCCGCCACCAGUGUCAUCACCAUCGUGAAGUCGGCAGAAAUCUCGUCCGCUUCUGUGCCAUUUUCAGCAGCCUCCUAGUGUCCAGAGCGGCAGAACUAGCAGCCCUUUUGGAAGGGAGAGUAGGAUCUCGCUGAUGGGUUUAGAAGCCUGCCUUCCUGAAAGAUCAGCAAUCCAUUUUCUCCCCCAAAGCUACCAAGGGGACUCUGCAAAGGGGGAAACUAAUGGGCUGUUCUUGCUGUGGGCACUUCAAGUUCUGUCAAGCCGCUGAAAUGGGAAUGCCAUAUCGAGUAGUAGGUAUUGCACGAGGGGUCUUGCACAACUCCUCCUCACAGCCUCUUUAAGUCCCUGGCAGCUCCCCAAUCGAGAGAAGACACCGGGGUAUUCUCCAGAACAUUUUGGCGUGAAACUGAACCACUCAGAAACGGAUGGCCUGGCAGAAUUGACAGGCAAGUUGAAUAAAUGAAGAACAGCCUCUUCCUUCUUUCAGAAAAAUAAAUAAAUGUCCGAUUGUAGUCAGCUUUAUGUCAGUCACAGAAUGGGCAAUUGGCUCCGGAGCAGCUUUUGCUGAGAGUUCAUCAGAAUGUCAUAGAACAAUGUCUAAUCUCUCCAGUUAUGGAAACACCUUCACAGGUGAAUUUCCAUCUUUGAUGUGGUUAUCUCCCCUCCCCUUUGCCGUGUGGCCUAGCAAACAGAGCAGUAUCUACAAUGCAAAAAACGUCUCUAGCUACUUCCCCACAAUGUGCCUGUGAGUCAGAUGUCUUUUUAAAAAUGUAGUCUUGUUACUUCUAAACCAAUAUUCUCUCUCUCUUUCUCUCUCUCUUUCUCUCUCUCUCUCUCUCUUGCUUUCUCUCUCUCUUUCUCAUAACAAUAACUAUUAGAUCUAGACUGAACAAUGCUGCAGAGAAAAGGAAAUGGGAAAGUGUUAAGAGUGUGGGGAUGGGGGUGAGUUGUAAAAAAGAGAGAGAUACUGUUAACGGCAGGAAGCCCGUGCUCUGACAAGGUGUUCUCUUACAGGGUCUGCUAAAAGGCCUGUAAAGCAGAAGCAUGCAGGAGAAGACAAGAAAGGUUCACAUAAGAGACAGAAACAAGUGUGAUGUCAACACAAAGCCUUAACUUAUCCUCUUUCUGACUUCACGAGAGCUCUUUUCGGUGCUCUUUAAUGCCAAAAGACAACGUAUGGCAAAGAUGUCCUUGGACGAGCUGCCUAGUAGAUGUAAAUAUCUACAAGGGAACAGAUCCUUGGAGUUAAUCUCCAGACCAGGGCAUAGAUAAUGAUGCCAAGGAAUGCAAGAAGGUUUGAAAAUGCAGGAAGGUUUCUUUCUCAAGUACCGUAAUUGCAAAGUUGGGAUGGGGGAUGGUGGAGAAAUGUGUUUCGUGGAUCUGAGUUGGUUCGUGGUGGGGAGGGCAGAAGAGGACUUGGGAGGUGGGGUAGAAGAGUGGAGGGAGAGGAAAGCAGAGGUUUUUUGAAUUUAGUGGGGAAAGAGAGGAGUUAAAAGUUUGUAAAUGAGUUUGUAAAAUCCAAGGAUGUAAGGGAAAGCAACAGGUUUUCAGAUUUAAUGAAAAGGAAGGACCUCAUACAAGUUGACAUAAGCUGUGCCUGCAAGACAAGUAAUCUUCAGCUUCAGCUUCCUUAGCAAAAGGUACUCCUUUAAGGUUCCCAGAUAAAAAGGGGGAGGACCCUGAGGCUUGGAGCCCAAAUGCCCCAUGUGGCAACAUUUUAGAUGGACUACACCAUUUUAGACUGCUGGUGUAAGCUAGAACCUUUUGAAUGCUGCCUCCCCACCAGAUACUCAACACAUAAACCCCAACUAAGAUGCCAGUGUAAAAGAUACCCUGGAAUUUCUCCCUGACUUGCUCCUUUUGGGGGGUGGCAUCCUUUUACAGGGAGGAAGCUCUGUUUUGCACAUUAUCCGCCGCUCUGUAUAUUGAUAACAGGGCUGGAGAACUUCCAAAACAGAGCUGAACCAUUGCAUAUUGCUGGUGGGGCAAUCUGUGAUGUGGAUUUGAACCAGGGCGGGCCGGUGAAAAUGCUGGUGGCGAUUUAAACCCUGUACGUGUUCCCAAAUAGCCAAUGCCAGGAAGAGAAAUAACUUCACUCAAGCUCCCUUGGCACACUCACUCUCACUCUGUGUGUGCAUUUGCUGCUGCAGGAGUGAUACUCUGCCUGACACCAUUAUCAUUGAUGGUGGUAAGCAGAGACCACACUCCCCUUAGUGGAGUUAGGAACAUGGAUGGUGUAUCACCCAUGGCAGUUGGGUGCAUGUACAGGGCAGAUCCUUUACCAGUGCUGCCACUAACACCUACUGUGUCUACACUCAAUAAGAGUUAGCAGGAUUGCACACUUGCAACAACCGUAAGGAAAAUAAAACAAAAACCCAAGUCAUUUAUUCCAGACUUAAAUUCCUACCAGCCCACUGUUCCAGUGGCUUAUUUUCUGAGUCUUGAGAUGUGACCUUUUUAAGGAUUACCUCAUUUCUUUCUAGGCCUCACAUUACCCUCUAGAAGGCAAGUUGAUGUCCUGUGUUUUAACCCAUGCCUUUUUUGACCCCCUCAGCAAAGGUUGAGGAAGAAAAAAAAUAGCACAUCUUAUUUCCUGUAAAAAAUUAUUUUGGAAAAUGCCCUGGAUCUCUGCAAGCUUCUUUAGUUCUUAAAGCGGAGAAAGGUUUUAGAUAAUUUGCACUGUUGGAGCUUUGGAAAACAAGUAGGGCUGGCCAUUAUGGGCUUAAGGAUGCCUGGAUGCUUAUGGGCUUAAGGAUGCCCCACCCCAGAAUUUACUCUCCAGAAGGAAACCUCUGUCCGCAGCCCAGGACCAUCUCAUAGCUGAGCGAUGGGGAAUUUGUGGCCCUCCAGAUGUUGCUGGACUACAGCUCCCACAAUCCCUCAUUUGUAGCCUUGUUGGCUGGGGCAGAUGGGAAAUGGUGCUCAACCAUAUAUGUAUGGCCACAGGCUGUCAUAGCCAGGACCCUGGAAACAAGAGGAUAGUGUUAACCUCUGUUUCAUCAUAGAGAUAACAAAAGACUAGACUUGCUCAAAAGCUGCCGUACGAAGGGCAUCGCCAAUAGCAGCUGCUACGUUGACUCCACAAAUUGUUCUGUACAGGCUGCGCCCAGUUAAUGACCACCCUACAGUGCUAGAAUCCCAUAGAUGUACAGCUCUUGGGUUUCCAUGAAUGUGUUUCAUGGGGUUUCCUUUCAGAAUAAGACAGAGACACAGACAUUUUCUUGAGUAGUGUUUCUUUGCAACUGAGUAAUCACCUGCCUGCCACAGUUCUAGGAAAGUCGGCCAGAGGUGCAGGCAAGCAAUUGCUGAUUUUUAAAAAAGAAACUGGUAGGAGACGUUCCAACAACAUUCUAACUGAAAUUGUGUUUGCAGCCAGCGGAAUUAAGGCUUCAGCCUUAUGGUUUAGUAGCCCCUAGCAGCUGUGUGUUUCCCACCAACUAGUUUUCUGCUUACUCUCCCCAUGGGGUAGUUGCUGGAAAACCUCCUCCUCCAUAGGUGGUCUGCAGGCACAUGAAGCAUCUAGAAUUUGCCAUGGAUAAUACGCUAAUCUCUGAGGGAGUGACCUCAGUCUGAUCUCUGCCGUUAAUUUGAGAGCUAACAGCAGCUUCUGUGAGGCAAAGUGACAUCAAACAAACAAACCAACACCAGGACUAUGUACCUUUGUAAUUUGAUCAGGAGCAAGAGGCCAAAGGCAUUAUUAAAGCUGUUGUUACCAUAGCCAUGGUAGGUAAUCCAUAUUGGAUAUCAUUUAAGGACCAUGUGGAAAUAUUUGAGAGACACACUUAUAGAAACAUAUAUAUAUAUAAAUAUAUAUAGAUAUAUAUAUAAUAAAUGCAUAAUUAUAUACAUUUUAUCGUACAGAUUUUUUUGUAAAAGAUAUUGUCUGGGUUGUUGUCUUUUUUAGUGUGGUAUAUUGUCAUUUUCUUAUUUAAAAAAAAAGAAGUCUGCUUCCAAGAGAGAGUGGGGAGGAGAGAAGAGCCGAUAGUUUUCUCUGACGAGUCAGGAAUAUGACGGAAGGAAUCUGAAAGCUUUGUUUAGUUUUAUUUCUCACCUACUUUUUCGACACCUGUGGCUGCAGCCAGAGAUAUCUAUUGGAAAGACCUUCCUCUCAAAAGUCUGUACACCGAAAGGAAUGGGAAGUUCAGGAGACCUGAGCAAAUUGUGCCAUCAGUCACUGCAGGAAUGUGUAUCCUUAGCCUGCCCUACAUGCAUAUGCUUACGUAGGCAAUUCCUGCUUCCACCAUCCUGAGCUUCAUUUCUCCAUACAUGAAAAGAUGUUCAAUGUAUGCUUUGGCUUUUCUGAGUCUUGCUGCGACUUGUGCCCAGCUCAGUGGCCCUUCCAAAGGAACUGCUCAGUGGUUUGUGGUCAGAUUUGUCCGUCUUCCAUUCUGCCUUUAAUGGUGCCCUAAAUUUGGCUCCUGGGGUAUCUCUUCCCGCCUCAGCUUACCUUCAUGUGAGGUUAACAAUCCAGCUGUUCUCUGCUAGGUCUGGCACAUCUUUGCCCAUCCAGCCUCCAGGACCUGUUAGAGGAGCCUCAGAAACGCAUGCACGACACUGUUGCAGUGCUUGAUGUCCACAUUGGGUAUGACUUGCCAUUUGGGGUUCUGGGGCCUGCCUUGUUUUCCACUGGGGCUGAACUCUCUCCCUCAAUGCUAGCAUGUCUAAGAGGGGCAGAUGAUUGGGCAGAAUGAAACAUCCCAUGGACUAAUUUCGGUCCACUAGCAGCCAGUUGCACUGUUCCGAUCCUUGCUGCUGUUUGGCCAGACCAACUGCCUUUCUUGGAAGGCUUGCUCAGUAUUGGAGCUGUGUUUAGGCUACCAUGAUGGUCUCAUUCUGGACUGUACCAGGUUCCAUGGGGGGGGGGGUGGAUCAUGAUUUUGAAUGCACUGAACACUCCUCACUUGCAGUAACCAUGCGGAUGAGGGAGAAAACCAUGCUAAACCUUUCUCCCUUCCAUGCUGGCUUACUACACACAGGGGAGUUUAAAAAAACAGAAACAAAUGAGGGAGUAUCAAAGAAAUUGACCUUCCCCACAGAUUGUGCAGGCCUGCCAUCUCAAUCUGCAUCAUGUAUUCCCAGAUCCCAUUAGCCGCAGCCCAUUAUGGCCAGGGAUAGUGAGCGUUGUCCUCUUAACAACAUCUGGAGGACAGCAGGUCGGGGAAGGCUGCCAUAAGACAUGGCACUUCGAUAUUUGAAAGCUAACAAGCUGGAUUGUUUAAUCUUGCAGUGAAGGAUGUGCAACUUCCUGAGAAAUUGGUAACUGGAGCAGUCAGCAGUGAGGUUUCUUAAUGUGAGAAAUCAGAAGGGAAUUCAGGUUUACUCCCGUGGCCUAAAGCCAAGAAGUGAAGCCCUUCCCUUCCCCCUCCCUUUUCAAGUCUUUUUAAGCUUUACCACUAUUUGGUUUUAAUGUUUAAGUUUUUUGUCCCUACCUCCAUAGACACAGGAGUGUUUUCCCACUGAUAGCUGACCAUAAUGCUUUUCUUUCCCCCAUUUUCACUGAUCCUUGAAAAAUUAUAGGAAAGUUUCUCUCUUUUUUUAUCACCUGUUCAUUCUGUCUUCUGUGGUUUUACUUGAUUAUUUUCAUUUCAAUAUUUAUUUUUCGUGCGCUGCUUUUUUAUUAUGAAAUAAAUUAUUGAUAUAUCAAGUAAUGUGGGUGCCUGUUUCGUAAGGCAUAUUCACUGUGUGUGUGCGUGUCCAAUCUACUUUUCUCUUGACAAAAAAAAAACUUACAACACAAUGUUAAUUUAUUGCUGUACAUUUUAAGCUGCAAUGACUGGUUUUUUUGUUUGGUUGGUUUUUUUGUACCUUUCCAAUAAAGCAUUUUCUGGUUUCAGAUUU